CAUUUUCCCUUUUUCGUGGAAAAAAAUAAAGCUGCUUUUGUUUUUCUCUUUUUCCCCAAUUGUCGCUAAUUUGUCCCCUGUUUUUCUUCAUCUGCAAAUGAAGCUGAACCAAAUCAACAAACAUACAUGUAUAUAUCGGUUCGCACAUUGAUUAAGCAAAAAAAAUUGAUCAAUGGGGAUCGGUGAUUUUGUUUUGUAAAUUAGGGUUUCAAUUUCUUGUCGGUAUUUGAAAAUUGUAACGGAGUUUUAUUUAUUGACAAUCUUAAUUGGUUCUGAGUUGAGAAUCAUAGCUCAAGAUUAGUUUUUUAAGUUGAAAACGAUAAUUGGUGUUUUCCAUUUCUGGGAUUUGAUCCAUAACGGGUUGUUUUUUUGGAUUUUUGGGGUUCUUUUUUUUGUUACCUAUAUUGGGUGGAAAUUCGAAUAGGAACGUGUGAUUGUUGCUGUUGAAAUAUUUGGUUGUCGAAAUCUUGUAGUGGAGUUGUUCAGUUACCAUGGAUCAUGUUGUGGGUGGGAAGUUUAAGUUGGGAAGGAAGAUCGGAAGUGGGUCUUUUGGUGAGCUUUAUUUAGGUGUGAAUUUACAGAAUGGAGAAGAAGUUGCCAUUAAGCUGGAAUCUGUCAAGACAAAGCACCCUCAACUGCACUAUGAAUCAAAAAUAUAUAUGCUUCUCUCGGGAGGAACUGGAAUUCCCAACCUUAAAUGGUUUGGAGUCGAAGGCAAGUACAAUGUAAUGGUCAUAGACCUUCUUGGACCGAGCUUGGAAGACCUCUUCAACUAUUGUAAUAGGAAGCUUUCAUUGAAAACAGUGUUGAUGCUUGCAGAUCAGCUAAUUAAUAGAGUUGAAUACAUGCACUCAAGAGGAUUUCUUCACCGUGACAUAAAGCCAGACAACUUUCUGAUGGGCCUUGGUCGCAAAGCAAAUCAGGUGUAUGCAAUUGACUUUGGACUUGCCAAAAAGUAUAGGGACCUCCAAACUCACAAGCAUAUACCCUACAGGGAAAACAAGAAUCUGACCGGCACAGCUCGCUAUGCAAGUGUCAACACACACCUUGGAGUUGAGCAAAGCAGAAGAGAUGAUCUGGAAUCUCUGGGUUAUGUGCUUAUGUAUUUUCUUAGAGGAAGUCUUCCAUGGCAGGGAUUGAAAGCUGGUACUAAGAAGCAGAAAUAUGAUAAAAUCAGUGAGAAGAAGAUGUUGACACCAAUAGAGGUGCUUUGUAAAUCAUAUCCGUCAGAGUUCAUAUCAUACUUCCAUUAUUGUCGGUCAUUACGGUUUGAAGAUAAACCUGACUAUUCAUAUUUGAAGAGGCUUUUUAGGGACUUGUUUAUUCGUGAAGGUUAUCAGUUUGACUAUGUGUUUGAUUGGACCAUUUUGAAGUAUCCUCAGAUCGGUGCCAGCUCUAGGGGACGUAAUAUUAGUGGAAGUGCGCCGCUAAAUGCUGUGCCAUCUGCUGAAAGACCGGGAAGGACAUCAGUGGGACAGGAUAUUCGGGACAGGUUUUCUGGUGCUGUUGGAGCAUUUUCCCGGAGGAAUGCUUCUAGUUCUGGUAGGCAUGGGGAACACUCCAGAAACAAGACUUCAGAUGAUAUACCUUCAUCUAAAGAUGUGCAAGCUGAUUCAGAAAGAGGCCGUACCUCGAGAAAUUGCAGCUCGUCCAGAAGGGCUGCAAUUUCAAGUAGCAGACCGAGCUCUUCUGGUGAACCUACGGAGAGUCGCUCAAGCAGCAGAUUAGUGUCAAGCAGUGGGCGCUUAUCUGCCACACAAAGGAUUCAUUCUGGAGCUGAACCAAAACCAUCACUGUUUUCCCGAACUUCAGUUACGAAGGGCAGCCGUGAUGACCCUCUUCGGAGCUUUGAGCUUCUUUCAAUCAGGAAGUAAACGGAUGCACUUGUAAAGAGAAAUUUUCUCGUUGUUUGAAUCUUGUGAUCCUAUAAAAGGAUGUCUCUGUGCUGUAAAUUGAAAUUUUCUACAUGAAAACUAAUGCUUAAUCCAACUUUUCAUUAUAACUUGGUGUUGUUUUACCUGAAGAGUUUCUGGUCAUUGUAACGCUAUUUAGCCUCAUCCAAAGAAGUGAUGAGUAAUAUGUACUAAGUUAUAUAAUAAAUAUUUGAUGAUGAUGUACGAAUGUG